UUACUGGAACAUGCACACAAGCACAGUACGUGCCUCCACAGUCGCUCAUAAUCGAUGACUCGGUGUUCAAUUUAUUUCCAUCGACUCAAGUCUAUGAACGAUUAGGUUGGUCUAUUUCGCGGAGACGAAAAACUGGAAAAGGAAAAGGUACUGUAAUCUAACUUAAAGGGAUUUACUGAGGUUAGAGCGCAUUGAAAAAACGAAAGGAAAAACAAACGACGUGACUCACUCCUAGCAGAAGAUCAGAAGUCUCCCCUCUCGGUUCAUUGUAGCCGUUUGCUGUGGUUUAAGGCACAAUGUGUCAGCUAGGUUGUGAAUGAAGACUGAUGCCGUGCUGUGAGAUGCCAUCCAGUGUGUUGAAGGAGAGAUAACCUGCAGAUUUUUUUUAGCUUGGAGCAAGGCAGAACCUCUGGGAGUGAAGAACUGGCCAGGCUGUCACUUUGCAUUUUGCUUUCGGUAACCGGACAUCAGGAUUAGAGAGUGGAGAGUGCCUGCGUUAUGCAGUUGUAAAAAGAGAGAGGAUCUGGCUUCUGUGUACAGUUUGCAAAGAAAAACAGAAGAGCGCAUCUCGCACCUUGGUGUACUACACAUCCCCUUUUCCAAGCCUGAUGCACUGAUGAGAGAUACGGGCCGAGUGACUGCAGAGCCCGUGAAGACGCCGUGUUGAAUUGAUGCUACUCCUGCUGUUCCGUUUCCCUAAUUGUCAGGUCCACAGCUGAUAAGAGCUGCUCUGCCCUUUCUUCUCACACUAAUCAGGCCAGCAACAGCAGAGGCUGGAUAUGGGUGCCCUAAUUUGCAGUGUGGUUUUACUCUCUCUGAUUUAUCAAAGCCACAGUCUGGGUUUCAAAAGCCCACUGUCUAUUUUUAAAAGGUAUCAGGAAAGUGUCUGGUCCUCCCCUGAUGAGUGCACUAGAACCAGACAGCCACCUAUUCCACCUAACGCCCAGAAUUUUUCUCUUGAUAUUCGCAUGCCAGGCAUUACACCUACAGCGUCGGAUUCCUACAUGUGCAUGGCAGUUCGAGUACCAAGGGAGAGAGACUCAUACAUAGUUGACUUUCUGCCUCAUGCCAGCAUGGAAACUGCCCAUCACAUGCUACUCUAUGGCUGCAGAUCUCCGUAUUCCACUGAUGGUUACUGGGACUGUGGUGGCGUGCAGGGAACAUGUGAAGAUACAGCUAAUAUUAUAUAUGCCUGGGCAAAAAACGCACCACCUACAAAAUUACCUCGAGAUGUUGGAUUUAAAGUUGGUGGUGACAGCGGUAUAACUUAUUUUGUGCUACAGAUCCAUUAUGGAGAUGUUAGAGCCUUCAGAGAUGACCACAGAGACUGCUCUGGAGUUACAUUAAGAAUGACGUCUAAACCACAGCCUUUGAUUGCUGGCAUAUAUCUGCUUAUGUCUGUGGAUACUGUUAUACCACCAGGGAAAAAGGUUACGAAUGCUGACAUUGCCUGCACUUACAGGUCAUAUCCAAUGUACCCAUUUUCUUUCAGAACUCACACACAUCGCCUGGGAAAAGUAGUUAGUGGUUAUAGAGUGCGAGAUGGAAAGUGGACUUUAAUUGGGAGACAGUCUCCUCAGUUACCCCAGGCAUUUUAUCCUGCAAACAAUGGUGUUGACAUCCGGUAUGGGGACAAAUUGGCUGCCAGAUGUGUAUUUACAGGGGAGGGAAAGACUACCACAACACGCAUUGGGGGCACAUCUGAAGAUGAAAUGUGUAACUUCUAUAUCAUGUAUUACAUGGAUGCCAAACAAGCAGUUCCUUAUAUGAGAUGCAUGGAAAAUGGAAAGAAUGAGAUGUUCAGAAACAUUCCCAAAGAAGCAAACAUUCCUAUUCCAGUGAGCCCCGGUAUGCUGAUGAUGCAUGGACACAUGCAUCAAGCAGGUCCUGAAGAGGAAUCUGUAUUACUGCAGCCCAAGAGAGAAGAGGAAGAGGUUCUAGACCAGGGUGACUUCUAUUCCCUUCUCUCUAAACUCCUGGGAGAAAGGGAAGAUGUUGUCCACGUGCAUAAGUAUAACCCCACAGAGAAGGCCGAUCUUGUGGCUGAAAUUGAUAACAUAGUCCAAAAGAAGGCUCUGGUUUGGCCCGAUCAAAGACAAAUAGACUACAAUGGCAAAGCAGAUACGAUUCUUGUGAGGGACAGAAUUCACAAGUUUCACAAGUUAGAGUCGACUAUAAAGCCUCCUGGGAGCAGAAUAAUAACAGCUAAACAGCCAAACACAGAAGGGGCAAAUACUCGAAAACAAGAUUUCCAUUGGGAAGAAGUGGCUGACUGGCCUGAAGUUCAGCUCCAGCUUGGUCAGGUUUCUGGACUGGCGCUUGAUUCUGAUGAUAACCUCAUCAUUUUUCACAGAGGGGAUCACAGAUGGGAUGUAAAUUCUUUUAACAACCAGCGUAUCUACCAACAACAGGACCAAGGUCCUAUUCAGCAGUCUACAAUCCUUGUGGUUGAUCCUGCUAAAGGAAGAGUUCUCAAGGCUUCAGGAAGGAAUGUCUUCUAUUUGCCCCAUGGUAUCACUACAGACAAAAACAAUGACUACUGGGUCACAGAUGUAGCACUUCAUCAGGUAUUUAAACUGGGGAGUGAUGGAAAUGGUGAUCCCCUAAUGGUCUUGGGAAAGGCAUUUCGGCCUGGGAGUGACAAUUACCACUUCUGCCAGCCCACAGAUGCAGCUGUGGACCCAGUUACUGGAAAUGUUUAUGUCUCUGAUGGAUACUGCAAUUCCAGAAUUGUUACAUUUUCACCUGAUGGUAAAUUCUUAAGGCAAUGGGGAGCAGGUUCCUCAGACAGACGGAAGCUAGUCCCAUUCAAUAUUCCUCAUAGCCUGGCUUUUGUACCAGACCGGCAGGAGCUCUGUGUAGCAGACAGGGAGAACGGUCGAAUCCAGUGUUUUGUGGCAGAAUCUGGAGAAUUUGUGAAAGAAAUCAAGAAAAAUGAGUUUGGAGGAGAGGUGUUCGCUGUCUCAUAUGCAGCUGAGCGCGGUGGUUUAAUAUAUGCAGUCAAUGGAGAAUCUUUAUAUGGCAGGUCUGCCCCACUGAGAGGUUUUGUGAUGAAUUAUUCAACACAGGAAAUUCUAGAUACCUUUAGCCCAGACACACAGGAGUUUAAAAUGCCACAUGACAUCGUUGUUGCCAAAGAUGGAACAGUUUUUGUUGGAGAUGCAACUGCUGACACUGUGAUUAAAUUUGUCUCUUCAGAGAAAGCUGAACAUCGCUCAGUUAAAAAAGGUGGAAUUGAAGUUCAUGAAAUAGAAGAAAUGGAAACUUUUGUUCAUGCACAAUUAAAGCCCAGUCACAAAGCACAGGCGCAAGGCCUUGCCAAAGGAAUACCCCAGGAGCAGACGCAGCAGCCAGAGGAGAAGAAGACGAUAGUGAAACAGAGCACUCAGGGAGCGUCUGUAGCUGUCAUUACCACCCUGCUGCUCAUUCCUCUUGUGGUCGUCAUUGCCAUUGCACUUUUCAUAAGAUGGAGAAAAACACGAAUUUAUGGAGAAGACACUGAAACUAAACUGGAGUCCAGUUCUUCUGUCGGAAUCUUGGGAAAACUUAGAGGGAAGACCGGCGGCGGUCUCAAUCUGGGAAACUUCUUCGCAAGUCACAAAGGCUACAGUAGGAAAGGCUUUGACCGGCUGAGUACAGAAGGCAGUGACCAGGAGAAGGAUGAUGAAGAGGCCACAGAUUCGGAAACAGAGGAGUACUCUGCUCCUCCUCCUCCUGUGUCUUCAUCUUCCUAGAAUCUACGAAAUAAUGAUCAUGAAGAGUGCUGACCGAUCUGUUGCUCAUGUGUGCAGGAUGUAUUUUAAUAGUAACCGUAAUUGUCUGUAUCGGCUGCCAAUAAUUUAUUUAUUUGUGCAAAAUUUCCAGGUAUGAGGAACAACUGCCAUUUUGUUAAUUUAUAUAAAUGGGACCAGAGUUAAAAUGCUGGCAGAGCAAAUUCAAUAUAUAUGGAUAACUUUUAACAGGAGAAAAAGAGAGGGAAGGGGGGAGUCAUUUAUUUUUGUUACUAUUGAACUGACAAUUUCUUCUUCCAACCAUUUAUUAGCCAAACAGCCUUUUUUGUUUUCAUUCUUGGUACAGUACCUUCGUAGACAUCUCCUGUCUGUACAUUUGUGCCUUUUCAAUUAAGUAUUCAGCCUUCUGCAGUACCUAAAAGACUAAAAUGUGCCAGAGUAAUAAGAGAGCUGCUAAUUUGUCUCUUGUAUUUCGAUUUUCAUGUAUCUCAUUCAUUGAAAGUAAAAGAGAGAAAUAACUAUUCUGUAUCUAAAACUGUAUUUACAAAAUUUUCCUAUCUGAUAUGUGCUGAGAUGUGUCUGAUAUUUAUUGUGAAAUACUGAGGUUUUACCAUCAGAACACUAUUUUCAGUAACAAUGUAAUUUGUGUAAUAAAGUGUCUGCAAAGCAUAA